UUCCCUGUGCGCAACAGCCUCCAAAGCGCACACAGUCCAUUCUGACCAUGAAAGGAUUUUUAAACUUUAUUUAGUUUAGUUAAAUAGACGCGUGCAAUAGAAAGUUUUUAAACAUAACAGUCUUUCUUAUUUAUGCUGCAUUUGCAAGUCUUGGUUUGGCACUGAGAAGUUUUUGGUGAUGGGCAUGGCUGUACUCUGGGGUUCCCCGGUGAGUUUUCUUCAUGUCUGGCUUACCCUGGUGAUCUGCGGCGAGUGUGCUUUGGCUUUUUCGGUCGCUGGACAACAGGAGACGAUCUGUGAGGCGAACGGUAGUGUUUAUUAUGUGGGCGAAUGGUACUUUUUAGACUCGGAUCAUUGUACCCAGUGCGAAUGUACAGCAGAAGGGUCUGCUUGCGCGCGGACCGAGUGCACAUCCCUGCCUGCCGCCUGCAUCCAUGUCAGCCAUUACCCGACAGACUGCUGCCCGAGAUGCGAGAAGAUCGGAUGCGAGUACGGCGGAGAAGUCUACGAACUGGGCCAACAAUUUCAGCCGUCAGCGUGUGAGCAGUGCACCUGUCACAGCGACGGCAUCGCCCGCUGUCAGGUCGCAGACUGUGCCCCUCCACCAUGUGUUAACCCAGUCUAUCAGAAAGGGAAAUGCUGCCCUCAGUGCAAGGAUGGGCCCAACUGUUACGUGAAUGCCUCUAGGACCCAAGUGAUCCCUGGAGGUGAGCCAGUGUGGGUCGACUCCUGUACCAAAUGUCGAUGUCAUGACGGUCAGGAUGCAGGUUACUGGGAAGGCAACCGCUUGGCAACGUGUUCCCAUGUGCACAACUGCCAGCCUGACAAGGGGCUAAACUGAGAAAAGAGAUCAAAAACAGGGUCAUCUUUCAUCCUUGUUUAUACAAUGGAUGACAAAACUCGGCAGAUAUUUAAACCACACUUGCAGAAGAAAGUGUGGAGGCUAUUUAGCCUACAAGCUUUAUAUGAUUAAAAAACAGUCUAUUCUUCUUCUUCUUAUGUUAACUAACCAUUUAACAUCCAUUUGUUAAAGUACAAUGACUUACUAAGGGAUAUUCCCUAAUAAAACAGACAAUAGAGCUUAGUACUGAGACACCUUUUUGGACAUGCGAGCAUAUUAACAUCUACAGUACAUUGGGCACUGUGUAUUGCACACUUGCACCGGCAAAUGCAAUGAUCAUCCACGAAACUAAAUUUUUUAUUGGUGUUUUUACACAUUAUUUUCUGCUUCAAAAGCCUGAAAACCAAAGUAUUGAGAAUGCAAGACUUACAUUACUGCCAUGCAGGCAUGGAAACAGCUAAUGUAGCACCAAAUGCAAACAAACCUAUCAUAAAUGAAUGAUGUAUAAAUAAAGCAGGCUAAUUUUUGCUUGAUUUCUGUUCUGACACCUCAUUUUAAAAACUGUGGUAAUAUUACUUCUUUUUUUCUUCUUCCGAGGACUGUAUUUGCAGCACUGACAGAAUGUACACAAAUAUAAUUAAACCA